AUGCCAAAAUUCACUCAGGAGAGAGACCUGUUCAAUGUAUGGAAGAGUGCCAGAAACCGGAAGCGGAAGUCAGCCAACUUCCGUUCUCAGAGCGUGUGGUUAAACGCGUCGUCCUUAAGGUUGCGGGGGUUGUUUCUCUUUGUCUUGGUCACAUGUGGCGUGAUUGCCCUGCAGGAGGUGUCCGAGGUGGCCGCUUCCACCGUCCAGCGAUGUGUCCUGGGCCGCCUUCUCCUCCACGAGCCUCGGCCGCCGCGCUUUCCCGUCCUUCCCGCCCCCGCAGCCUCAGCUGCCCAGUGUCCGGAGCGGCCCUACACGCAUCACUGGGCCCGGAGAAAACAUGCAAGAACACAUACAGACGGGAAACCUUAUGAGUGUCACCGGUGUGGGAAAACCUUUCCUCGGCUUUCUCUUUUAACUCUCCAUGCCAAAAUUCACUCAGGAGAGAGACCUUUUCAGUGUAUGGAAGGUGAGAGAACCUUUUCUCAGUCGGAUCACCUCGUUAAACAAAGAGGAAUGCACACAAGAGAGAGACAGUAUGAGUGUAAGGAAUGUGGGACAGUAUUUUUAAACUCCAGUCACCUCAUUAGACAUAGAAGAAUUCACGGAGGACAGAGCCCUCAUGAAUGCAAGCAAUGUUUGAAGACCUUUUUUCACUUGUCUCAUCUUAGAAGACACAGAAGAACGCACACAGGAGAGAAGCCUCACGAAUGUGAAGAAUGUGGGACACCAUUCCCACGGUUAGCUGAUCUGAAGGAACACAGAAAAAUUCACACAGGAGAGAGACCUUAUCAAGGUGCAGACUGUGGGAAAACAUUUCCACAAUCAAGUCAGCUCAGUGCACAUAGAAGAAUUCACACAGGAGAGAGACCUUACGAAUGUCAGGACUGUGGGAAAACAUUUCCACAAUCAAGUCAGCUCAGUGCACAUAGAAGAAUUCACACAGGAGAGAGACCUUACGAAUGUCAGGACUGUGGGAAAACAUUUUCACACUCAAAUCACCUCACUACCCAUAGAAGAAUUCACACUAGAGAGAGACCUUACUACGUAUGUCAGGACUGUGGGAAAGCUUUUUCACAUUCAGGUACCCUCACUGUACAUAGAAGAGUCCACACAGGAGAGAGACCUUACACAUGUCAGGACUGUGGGAAAACAUUUUCUGUAUCACAUACACUCACUGUACAUAGAAGAGUUCACACAGGAGAGAGACCUUUCGAAUGUCAGGACUGUGGGAAAACAUUUUCACAAUUAGGUGUGCUCACUAAACAUAGAAGAAUUCACACUGGAGAGAGACCUUACCCAUGUCAGGAAUGUGGGAAAGCUUUUUUAGAUUUAGGUGCCCUCACUGUACAUAGAAGAGCCCACACAGGAGAGAGACCUUAUGAAUGUCAGGACUGUGGGAAAACUUUUGAUCGGAAUGCCUAA